AAAAUCGAUACAUGUAUAUAAUAGCAGCGUUAUAUAAGUAUAUAUACAUCUACAUAUACAUACAUCCGUAAUCAACGAUCUAGCCUUCGGGGUCAUUUGUCAAACACCCCCACUCACCUACCCGCCAAGUGAGCAACUUUACCGGGUUACUGGAACCUUCACCUCCUUACCUUAUCCCAACGACAGCAAGCUUUGCUGUACUACCGCGAGCAUAUACCAUACCUGGUUUAAUCAGAGAUAACCCUUGUCCUGCCUAUACCGAGCGAUAUCAAGUUAUAAGGUAAAUGUAUAUAUGUACCUAUCUGCAUAUGUAUAUCUGACUCCAGCUGCCCUUGUAUCUCGGUCUCGAUUUGAUCCUCAUCCCUACCACUGCACGCACGCACGUACUGUAUAUGCAUGCAUCAUCCAGGUCGCUGCGUUUAAUCUAAACGCACACCCCCCUAAACCUACCCUGUACUAGGUAUCCUUACUCUGACUAGAUCCAGCACCAGCAUCAAGCAACUUACACGCCCGCCAGCCAACCAUAGCCUCGCGUGUGUACCACCAUGCAGCAGCAGCAGCAGCAGCAGCAUCAGCAAGAACAAGCGCAGAAACCUGAUCUAGGCUAUGCAGAAAGUGAAAGUGGGAUGGAACGGCGGCAAGACCGCGGCGAAAGCAGCGACGAUUCCGCGCAUCUUAGCGCCAGCAGAGGUAACUCUUGUUCUGCAUCUGCAUCUGCCGUUGUCGACGGCACCGUGCCCAGAGAAGCGGUCACUCUGACCGGUGGGCGAGAGUUCCACCACCACCACCAACAAGAAGUCCGGCAUCAACGCCAGCCGAUGCACGAAGCUGUGCCCUCCACCUCCACCUCCACCGGUUCGCAUGGCGCGGCUAUACGAAACCAACAAAGCCACGUUUCCUCAUCAACUGGUACUCGAAUUAACUAUCCCAGUUCCAGCCCUAACGCUACCGCUACCGCUGCCGCUGCCGCUGCUACUAUCACUGCCGUUGCUGCUACCGCAAUGGACGCGAAUACUACUGCCGAGUCCUACGAGCAGCAGCACGUGCAUAGCGUAUACGAGACUAUCGCGUCGCACUUCUCCGCCACGCGGUACAAGCCCUGGCCCUUCGUCGCAUCCUUCCUGUCGUCGCUGCCCCCCGGCUCCGUGGGCCUUGACGUCGGCUGCGGGAACGGCAAGUACCUGAAUGUGAACCGGGACAUCGUGAUAAUCGGCUCGGAUCGCAGCGCUAACCUGGCGCGGCUAGCUCAAGACCUAAAAGCCAAGGGAAGUAACGGUGCCGACGUAGCAGGCGUCGCAGACGGGCUAUCGCUCCCGUUUGGAGGCGCGAGACGCGUCGACUUCGCCAUCUGCAUCGCGGUCGUCCAUCACUUGUCGACGCGGGAGCGUCGCGUCGAGGGCUUGCGGGCCCUGCUCGACUGCGUCCGUCCGCGCAGCGGCAAGGUCCUGGUAUACGUCUGGGCGCUGGAACAGGGAACCAGCCGCCGCGGGUGGGACGAGACUGCAGAUCAGGACCAGCUAGUGCCGUGGGUUAUGAAACCUAAUAAGUCCAAGAAAGAGAAGGCGGGAGAAGAGGCUAGUAAUAAAAAGGAAAACAACAAUACCAGCGGUGCGAGCGGUGCGAGCGGUGCGAGCGAGAGUGCAGGGGUAGCAGAUGCUACGUAUCAACGAUAUUACCAUCUGUACAGAAAAGGAGAGCUGGAGGAAGAUGCUCAGGCAGCUGGAGGCGAGAUUGUAGAGAGUGGCUACGAAAAGGACAAUUGGUGGGUUAUAGCGAGUCCCAAAGAAGAAUCCUCGUCGCCGUCUAUAGGAUCCCGAUAGCAAAUAGCAAUAGCAAUAGCAAUAGCAAUAGCAAUAGCAAUA